AUGCCGGUGAAAGCGGAGGGGCUGUCGGGGCCCGCCGAGGACGAGCUACUGCUGCUGGCCCUGGCCUCGCCCGCACGUUCGCCUUCGCUGCCGUCCAGCGCCGACGAGGAGGAGGAAGAGGAGGAGGAAGAGGAGGAGGAGCCGCGGCCGGUGGUGGAGGAGGAGGUGGCUGGCGGCCGCGGUGUUCGGCGGCGGUCGGAGGGCAAGCGGCGGCCGGGCCGGAGCCGCGGUACCCCUCGCACGGCGGAGACGGCGCAGAGGCUGAAGCGGAGCCGUCGGCUGAAAGCCAACAACCGGGAGCGCAACCGGAUGCACAACCUGAACGCGGCGCUGGACGCCCUCCGAGACGUGCUGCCCACCUUCCCGGAGGACGCCAAGCUCACCAAGAUCGAGACCCUCCGCUUCGCACACAACUACAUCUGGGCGCUCACCGAGACCCUGAGGCUGGCGGGGGCCCCGCCGGUGCUGCCGGGGGUGGCGGUGGGGGGAGCGGGCAGCCCCUCGUGGAGCGCCGGCACCGCCAGCCCGACCACCUCCGCCUCUCCCCAAGCUUGCACUUUAUCACCCGCCAGCCCCGGAGGAUCCGCGUCGGAUGCCGAGCACUGGCCGCCGCCCCCGGGACGCUUCCCCCCGGCCACGGUGCCGCUGCCCCGCCGCUGCCUUUAGCCCGGUGCUCCCGGUCCCCGUUCCCACCGUCGGGACUGCGGCAUCUGCGCCGCUU